AUAAAGAUGGAAAAUGCUAAUAAACUCAGCUAAUAAGUAAUUAUCUGCAGGAGCAAGUUCUGAAGACAGGGAAGGGGUACAGACAGACGUGGAGGGUGAUGCACAAACAAUAUUGAAAGCCAUACAGGAAAGGAAAGACCGUGCACACCCAGAGCAAUGUAACUGAGAUGGGCUAGUGAGGCAGAAGGAGGGAUGAGGACUAGGGAGGGACUCUGCUUUGAGGAUUCAAUCUGAAAGGCAACCUGAACGGAAGCUCUGAGCAGAAAUUGAGUAGAAGAAGGGAGAGCGUGAGACUUAAAGCUUGCUUCGACAUCAAAUCUUUUUUGGUCCAGAUUGUUGCCAUUGCAAGAUCUUUCCAGCAUGAUGACCUGGUCUCCGGUAUCCUCUUCCUCAGUACCAGGGCCUCUGUGAUGGGUUCUGUAUUCCUUUCCAUGGUGCUCCAUAUUAAUUGCGUUGUUGGAGUUUUCAUACUAGUAACCUGCACAGCCAUACUUUGGCAUAUCUCUUCAAAGGUUGAGAAAGAACGGACAUCUAGUACAGAUGCCACAAAGCACCAGGGCUCAUCUAGGGCACUAUCCACAGCGAUGUGGCAGUCAAAAGGAUGGUGUGUUCUAUGAAACCUAUUAUCGCCUGAGCCAGCAAUACCCAGUUAUCCUGCUCUUGCUAUUCAUCGUUCUGGCAAUAUGUGUCUCCCUCAUUGCCACUACUUUUGGCAGUGGGCGGACAUUUUCCGACAACCAGGGUUUCCUGGUGAGUGUCUUCUGUGCUCUAGGGGUAUUCACCAUCUUGUUCAUCUUGGUAUGCAUAAAAGCCGUGCUACAGAAGUGUAUGAAGACCAUAGCUGUAGUUAUCUGGGCUUGUCUCGUUACCAUGGGCUAUGCCUUCAUAUUCACCAGUGAUGUUGUUACUCCAUGGGACCAGGUUUAUUGGACACUGUUUGUGACUAUAAGCUUAUACACCAUGCUCCCUUUAUGCAUGAAAGGGGCUAUUUUCGCUGGAGUCUGCUGUUCUGUGUCCCACAUCAUCGUGCUGAGCAUUUAUGUGUCUUUAACGCGUCAUCCACCUGCGGGGAACUUUGCUGUGCAGAUGAUUGCUGAUGUUGUCAUCUUGCUGUGUGGAAAUGUUGUGGGGGGAUAUCACAAGCGUGUCACUGAAAGCGCCCUGAAGGAUACCUACCAUGAAGCCAUCAACUUCAUUAAUUCUCGACGGAAGCUGGACUCCCAAGAGAGACAGCAGGAGCACCUGCUGCUAUCAAUCCUUCCCCAGUACAUUGCUACAGAAAUGAAAGCGGAGAUCAUAGAGAGACUAAAAGAAAAGAGACCAAAACCGGAAAAUACCAACAAUUUCCAUAAUCUGUACAUCAAGAGACAUAAAGACGUAAGCAUUCUUUAUGCAGACAUUGUGGGCUUUACCCUACUCUCCAGUGAAUGCUCUCCUAAGGAACUGGUCCUCAUGUUAAACGAGCUGUUUGGAAAAUUUGACCAGAUUGCAAAAGACAAUGAGUGUAUGCGCAUUAAGAUUCUGGGAGACUGCUAUUAUUGUGUAUCAGGUCUGCCUGAAUACUUGCCAGAUCACGCCAAGAACUGUGUUCAGAUGGGAUUAGAUAUGUGCCAAGCUAUCCGGAAGUUACGUAAAGCCACUGGUGUGGAUAUUAACAUGCGUGUUGGAGUACACUCUGGCAAUGUUCUCUGUGGUGUGAUUGGGCUCCAGAAGUGGCAAUAUGAUGUUUGGUCACAUGAUGUAACACUAGCAAAUCACAUGGAAGCUGGAGGUGUCCCAGGGAGAGUCCACAUUACAGAGGCUACCCUGUCACACCUAGACAAUGAGUAUAAAGUGGAAGAUGCAACUUCAGCACAGAGAGACCCCUAUCUGAAAGAAAAUAACAUUAAAACAUAUUUGGUUAUUGACCCAAGGGCUACUGAUUGUGAAGGUGAGGAUAUUCUAACUCAAAGACAGUCAGACAGUCAGGCCCCCAAAACGAGGGCUUCUGUCCGUAUGACACGCUAUCUGGAGUCCUGGGGAGCAGCUAAACCAUUCGCUCACCUCAAUCACAGGGACAGCCUGGUCCCAGAAUCCACAAACACAUCAUCAAAUCGGGACCUUGCAAUGUAUUCUCUACCAGCAGUGGGGAACCAGGACAAGUCGCGCUCUCCCAAAGAGACAAAUGAGCCAGGGAAUGACAGCCUCUUUCAAAUCUUAGAGGAACUCAACUCACAAAGGCAGUGGAAGAAAUCAAAUGACUUCAACCGUAUUACUCUGUAUUUUAAUGAGCCACACAUGGAGAAGGAGUACCGACUCUCAGACCUACCAUCCUUUAAGUAUUACACCGCAUGCUGCUUCUUCAUCUUCACUUGUAACUUCACUGUCCAGAUGCUGGUGUCUCACAAAAAUGCAGCCCUUGGGAUCUCGUAUGGCAUCUCCUUCUUCCUCUUCCUGCUUUUUCUCUUCACCUGCUUUGCUGGAGACCUUGCUCGCUGUAUCUUCAAAGGACCUCAGCUUCUGCACUGGGUUCCCUCCCUCUCCAUUGCCAUUUCCAGCCGGCCAUGUCUUAGAGUUCCACUGGGCGUUCUCACAAUACUCACUGUGCUUUUCAUGGCAGUGUUUAACCUGUUUUUUAUGCCAUAUGACUCCUGCUCGGAUAUACUGCUCAAUUCAUCACAGUCUUCUUCUUCUGCAGAACCUCAGUCUCUGUACAGUCUGCCGUAUUACAUGUACUGUUGCAUUCUGGGACUUCUGGCCUGCUCUGCCUUCCUUCUUAUGAACUUUGAAGUCAAGCUGAUACUUCUGAUUAUUGCUCUUGUGAUCUACAACGUGAUAUUCCUGAACAUACACAGCUGGGUGUCGGAGUGUUACAUGGAAUGGCUGAAUCAGACAGAUCCUAGACCUGGAGUCCUCAAAGAGCCAAAGUUUAUGGGCAGCAUUGCGUUAUUCAUCUUCUUCUUCACCUUGCUGGCCCUAGCUAGGCAGAACGAAUACUACUGCCGCUUAGACUUUUUAUGGAAAAGAAAGUUUAAAAUGGAACGAGAGAGAAUUGAGACAAUGGAAAAUCUGAACCGUGUAUUGCUAGAAAACGUACUGCCUGCUGACGUGGCUCAACAGUUUAUUGGACAGAACCUUAGGAAUGAGGAUCUAUAUUACCAGUCGUACGAGUGUGUCUGUGUUAUCUUUGCCUCCAUUCCUGACUUUAAGGAAUUCUAUACUGAAAGCGAUGAGAACCGUGAAGGCCUAGAGUGUCUACGGCUGCUGAAUGAAAUAAUAGCAGAUUUUGAUGAGCUUCUUUCAAAACCCAAGUUCAGUAGUGUGGAAAAAAUAAAGACCAUCGGCAGUGCAUAUAUGGCAGCCACAGGAUUAAACGCCACAUCAGGGCAAGAAAACCCACAGGAUGGUGACCGAAAUUACAGUCAUAUUGGUAUCAUGGUAGAGUUUGCAAUGGCUCUGAUUGGAAAGUUGGACGUGAUCAAUAAACACUCAUUUAACAACUUCAAACUUCGUGUAGGUAUUAAUCACGGACCUGUUGUGGCUGGGGUUAUAGGUGCACAGAAACCACAGUAUGAUAUAUGGGGUAACACUGUAAAUGUUGCAAGUCGCAUGGACAGCACUGGAGUGCUGGGUAAAAUUCAGGUCACUGAAGAAACCAGCAAAGUUCUACAGAAACUGGGAUACACCUGUGAACGGCGAGGAGUCAUAAAGGUCAAAGGAAAAGGUCAACUCUGUACCUAUUUUGUUUCUACGGACAUGGCACGUUCGAGUUCCCAAGGCAAUGUUUUGAACUAGAUCUCCGUAUUCUCAAUUUAAAAAGAGAGGCUUUCUUAGGACCAUACUGCCAAACUGAUGAUAGAAAAAUGAGGAGGAUGGUGGUGAUUUAGUAUGUAAGGCAGAAAACACCCUUCUGAUAACUGGAUUGCCUGCUAUCUAUCGAAGUCCUCUAUAGUCUGGCAGUUCCAGGCAUUUGCAUGAAGGAUUGAGAAGACCAUACUUAGUUGCUGUAUGGAAAGAGGAAUGUUUUGUGCUGAUUUGUGGCUGGCCCGCAAGGUAGAAACUGGGUAAAUCCAGGCAUACCAUUAAAAGGAUAACAUGGCCAUUUUAUUAUUCUUGACCAGUAGAUCUAUGCUUUUAAGUGGUAGCCAUAGAAGUGAUAUGUUGGUGGGCCGGAUCCUAUCAAAACAGUAAUAUGAACAAUGGGAUGCACAGGCAAACUGGAGGCUAUUGCAAAUGCUCUAGUGGGCAACAUCGGAGCCACAACACUCCUGAUGGAUAGUGCUGUUGUAAAGGAACAAAGAAGACUGCAUCGGGGUAUGACACAUCUACCAGAUGCACAGAGAAGAAUGUCGUCAUAAAGCACAAAGAGAAGCACGAAUUCUGCUUUUCCAGCUUACAUUCUAUCCAUGAGGUCUGUAAACUAGCAGAGGUCAAACUCAGUGACUGUUUGGGAUAGUACAGUAUGGUAGUAUCACUUCCAAUUGGCAGUCAUGCAAUGUCACAAAGUAUCAGCAAGUUGCUGAAAUAAAGUAUCCAAUAUCCAGAGGCAAAGUGAUGGGUUCUGCAAUGACAGCUAAGCUCAGCAGUGCAUAUUGUGUUUAUAUCCUGGGCUACAAUGUAACGUGCAGCUUUAACAAAAAAAAAACAUCUGAUUUUCCAAAAGAGGAAGUGAGCAAGCCAUGACUGGCCCCACACGUCAUUUACAGAAAAGGAAGGUGUAAUCUAUAUACAAAGCAGCUCUCAUCACUUGACAUUGUAAUAUAUAUUUAUAUAUACACAUCCAUGCCGCGCCCAUUGUAUUUAUUCAUCACAAUAAACUCUUAUUAUUAAACAAUUGUGUUUCUACAUACAAGGAACUUUGAAGUAAAAAAAAAUGGCAAUUUCCCUUUGGUUAUUCUCAUUGUAUCGUAAUGAUUAUACUUGGCCUUCCAACACUUAACUUCAUUUAUAUUCUUCUUUUUAAAUAAUAUCUUUAUUAUUAUUAUGUUUGAGCUGGAUCUCGGGAUCCAGGUACUGCCAUUUUUUGUUCUCCACGGUCCAUAAUUUCUGCAGUGUUCCUUUUGUUUUGAAUGAUGGAUUGCAAAUGAAGUUGGCACUUGCAAUAGAACUUAAGCUCCACCCAUUGCCAAAGACCAUGCUCUUAAUAAAGGAUUUCCUACGUUAUCUUUCUUGGGUAUAAAGUAAUGCUAGUGUGAUC